AUGUCUGUAUCAUCAAGGAAUCGCACUGCUAAAAGCUCUGGCAAGUCGUCUACUGCCAGAGGCGAACGCUCUCAAGACGUUACCACCAUGCCCGCAGUAAAAGAACUGAAGUUUUUCGACUCAUGCGCCGCCACGGCCUCCAUGUUUCUUUAUGCGCAAGGCCCUUCAAUUGUAUGUUGUCACCAUGACACUUUGACCAUUGAGACAAGAUUUUCAAGGCAUAAAGAAACAGUCCAAUUACUCGCCGUGGACAAUCAGAGUGAUUUAGGUGCUGGCCGCCUUGUUGUCAGCUACGAUGCCGGACAGACCGCAAUUGUCUGGGACUUGAUGACUGGUGACGAAGCCGCCAGAUUCUCAUCUUAUGAAACGCUUACUACCGCAGCAUGGAUGCGAAAUGGAAAUGUCGCUUUUGGCAACACUCAGGGAAACAUUAUCCUAUUUGAACCAACGACUUCAGAACAUAUCUCGUCAAGAACCAUAGACCAGAUUGCAGUUACUGCGCUGGCACCGUCCGCUGACUGCAGGACGUUUGCAAUCGGGUAUCAAAAUGGAUCCCUCUUGAUCGCAACACUUCAACCGCGCUUUACAAUCUUGCACAACUUGACAACAUCGAGAGCACCAUCACCCGUAGUAACGCUAGCAUGGCACGCUUCUUCAUCGCGACAAAAAUCCGACAUGCUGGCAGUGCAGAGCCAUGAUGGGGACCUCCGAGUUUGGAGUGUUGCAAAGAAUUUCAGUGCUGAUGAUCCUGCGAAAGUCGUCAGAAUACUUCGGCGACGAGAAAGCUCCGUUUCUGGACCCAACUGGAUGGGCUGGUCCAAGAAUGGUCGUAUUAUUCAAUACUCAGACUCGGAAACCCUGUCGUGGGAUGUACGAACAAAACAUGUUACCUUUGACUCUAUCCCUACUUUGGAACAUGUCAAAGGGCUGGCAUUAUACGGACCAGGGGCCACCCUUUUCACACUGGGGCCGAACGGCACUGUUCAACAGUUUGAUCUCAACUCACCGUCUAUCAUAGUUGCAAAUGUCCAGCAUCCCACGAACCUCUUGCCGCCAUCACCUCCAAACUCAAUCGAAGAGCCAAGCAAUGCGUCGGCACAUUCUGUGACGACGAUUCAUACAUCAGAGUCGGAGUCUAGUUCUGUACCAUUCGACGUGGGCAUCUCGGAAAGCGAUGAGGACCAGUUGUCCCCAUUUGCACGCUUCUCUCGUCGCCCUCAUGUCGACUCUUCAGGGGGUGAGAUGUCUUACGAUCCGGGAAGUCCAGUAUCUAGUCGAAGUGGAGCAUCAUCGCUCUCCAAGUCAUCUGCUGGUUCUCGUACACCAGGUCGUUAUCCCGGAUCAAUGAUAUCCAGAGGCAUGACAGAGAACACUUAUAUUUCCGCCGGCUCAUCCCUCAAAUCCUCAACUAUCGGUCGAAAAGAACCGGACACCUACUCCAUGGGCUAUUCACUACCCUCAACAAGUGGCGCAUCUAUGAGCUCUUCACGAUCUAGACACAGGCCAUCCCGCCUGAGGCAUGAGGUUCCUCGAAGCCCUGACGAUAAUAAGGUGCACGAUCUGUUCAAGUUUACACGUAGCCGCUUGAGCGACAUUCCCUACAAGCAUCCCAUACGGGCUGAUAAUUCUCGCCUCACAAACGAGGACUUGAGAAGGCAAAUGUUUAGCACCAUUUUUGGAUGGCACAAACCAGUCGAGGAUUUAAUUCAGGAUGAAAUGAGCAGACACCCAGCCGGCUCAGCCAGUCGCAUUCUUCUUGCCAAGUGGCUCGGCGACAUGGAUGCCGAUAUCAUGGUCGGUUCGUCUGAGAAUAUGAGCUCGUCAGACUGGAUGCUACUCGCUCUGAGCGGCAUUGGUGGGCAGCAGUCUCAGCAUAAGCUUGGACGGGCUUAUGUCCAGCGUUUACUAGAAAAUGGCGAUAUUCAUGUUGCCGUUACCAUCAUGCUCGGCAUGGGUGAUCACAACGACGCAAUUGAGAUCUAUGUAUCUCACAAACGCUAUAUGGAAGCCCUGAUACUCACAUGUGUUGCGUUUCCGAGUGUUUGGGAACGCCAGGCUGCCAUUAUUCGCAAAUGGGGAGAGUGGGCUGUGCAACAUGGUCAACAGCAGUUGGCAAUACGGUGCUUCGCCUGUACUGACCAGGAAUCCACCGAGCCAUGGAGCUCUCCGUCAGCAGUCCAGCUGAACUUCCAGGCCAUCACACCGAGUAUCCCAGAGAUCCUCAGUCCUCCUUUGUCGCCACCGGACGUUCAACGUGGUCCCCAGCGCAGUGUUGCUAAGUCGUCUGCCCUGAGACUAAUUACCUCGUUUGGUGACCAGAGUCAAAAGUCGAGGUUCUAUUCCCAAGGGGAUGGUGGGCAAACGCCAAUUGCCGCUGGCGUUACUCCAAUCGCUGAAUCGGCUAUCUCUCCAGCGGGUUAUGAUGUGACUACAGCAUUUCUACGCCCAUCCAGCAAUAGCAGAUUCAAUACACCUACCUCUGCUCGCCCCAGUGGCUCAAGCUAUGGACGCGGAAGGCUCCCAUCCAUCGGUGAAAUUCCCUCAGACUUAAACCGGGAGGCGCUUCAAGCUGCCGAGAAGUCUAGUGAAAAGGAGAGCCGCCAGGGGCAUGUUCGUAUGUCGUCUACGGAGCAGGAUAAUCUGGCCGCCGGUAUUUCGUUACAGCGUGCUGCAACGGCCAGCCCAAUGAUGAUGAGGGAUGGUUUCCAAAGGGUCGUACGGGGCUAUGAAGGCGAACGACCUCCAUCGCCUAAUCAUGAUAUCCUGAGCAGGAUGCAAGAGGCUCGGUCAAAUUCCAGAAACGGCUCGCGUGAUCGCAUUCCUCGAGGCGUCAACCUUCAACUCAAACAUUUGGGGCCGUCCGCCCUUGCAGAUGUAACCUCCCCCGAGCAGUCUGCUGCAUCAUCAACUCGCUUCCACUGGCCUUCAAGACGCCGUGGGCCCGGAUCAGUUGCAAGUUCCAUAACCUCUACAUCCAGCGCAGGACGAAGUUUGCGUACAAGCCAAAGGCACCGUGACGAUUACAUACAUAGCCUCGAAGCUGCCAGUCAUUACCCGAAAAGAAAUCGCAGUCGAGGCGGAAGCACCGAACGAGCUCGUGAAUCGUCUCGAGGUCGCCAUGAAAGCCGAGAAAGAAGGACCAAGUCGAGAGAAGCGUCCGAGGAACGUGGUAGAGCCUCCGUUCGAUCUUGGACAAAGCCCAAGAGGUCGCCCACCUCUCCAAUUCCCAUGUCACCGGAAGAUCUCGCCAAUCUGAGCACACCCAAAUACUACGAUGCCGGCGAACCGGUUACGACUAGGAAGUCAAGCAGCACCAAAGCAAAGACUCGCAGUCGAGCAUCCAGUCGGGGGAGUCAACGGCGCAGUCCGGACGGCCGACCUCGGCCACCAGCGCUGGAUAUUCGUGGCAGAAGUCAGGUUCGGGAAGGAUCUCAUCAGCGAUCUCCAUCAUCACCCCUACCGCUUUCUGCAACUGCAGCGUUACAUUACCAAGGCUCCGAGGAUGAAGAAGAUUUCAAGAGGGCAAUUGAAGAGCAAGAGAGCUUUAGGGCCAAGCAUAGUCGAAGCGCAAACCGUGGUCUCAACUCUCCACUGGUGACAAAGGGCGAGAGGUCAGAAAGCCGCCACAGAGAGGCUGCGGAGGCGCUUGACACCCUUCCACCUAUGAUUACUCAUACUCGAGCAGCUUCAACUGAACAUGCUGGUGACUUGCGGCAAAUGAAAGACGAACGCCAACGAAAGAAGGAGCAGGCAGCUCGUGAGCUCGAGGAACGUCGAAAGUCACUUGCCAAGAGACCACAAGCACCACAGAUCCCGCAUCCAAAUGAAAUCAACAGCACCGCCUUGCGAAUUGGAGUCGAGAUGACAGAACCAAAUGACCUUGAAGAUGUACCUCCUCGUUGUGCGACCGAGCCACCCAAGAGCAUGUAUGCGAGGAGCGGGCCACACAUUGGUCUCCCAGCAACUCCCAAAGCCAUGAGACUAAUUCUUGAAGCCGAACAUAGCAGCAAGAUGAGCAAAGAUGCCCCGGAAGUUCCCUUCAUUCCGCCAAACUAUGUCAAGCUCGAUUCGUCUGAGCCAUCUCCGCAAAAGGAAGAAAGCAUUGGGCCAUUAACGCUGCUUCCGUCGACUGUAUACCAACCACCACAGAAACUGGCAAUUCCCCGAAGCAUGUCAGCCCCGAUUCCAGACGAGCCUGGGCAAACUCGAUAUUCUAGGAAGGUUAGCAUAGGUGAAGUUCGAGGCAUCGACGAGGUAGUACAGGGCAGACGACGUCGUUCGCAGGAGGAGCCAGUACCGCCGCCGCCGCCUCCAGCUCCGGCCGCACCACCUAUGCUCAAGGAGCUCCAGCACUUGGCCAUGCCGCCACCUCCUCCCCCUGCUCCUCUGCCAUAUGCACAGCGAUCUCUCAAGGGCGGGGCCUUGGCUUCGGGCAUGAUUGAGAUUGUGAUGGAUGAAGAUGAUGAUGCUCCAAUUGUCGCUGCCCCUAAUGACGGCAUGGUCCCAGUUCUUGCACCGCCUGCUCCUCCCUCCAGAGGCCACAACCGAGGACGUAGUAAUGGAGGUGGGAGCUUCUCUGGAGGAUUGCCCAGGAAUGGCGAACGGAUGAGGUCGGCCAGUCGCAGUCGCAAAGGCUCCAUGGCAAGCAUUAAAUCGCCGCCAUUAGAGAUGUCAUCAGAUGGUGCUUACCGCGUAAGCACGCUUCGAUCACCUGUUGCGGGGGUGCCUCCCCCAAUGAUGUAUGACCCUGAUGUGAUUCGGACUGCGAUUGAACCAAACGGAAAACACCUGUCGACCGGACUCCACCAAAGCGAGAUGUUUUGA